GUGCCGCCUGCUCUGUCACACACACAUACACACACAUACACACACCGAGCACGGCUUCCAGACCCAUCCCCUGCCCGCCAGCUCCAGGCGUCCGAGAGAGGCAGAGGCCACCCUGCAGGGCUGCAGGAAGCACCACCAGGACCUCAGCUGCCAGGGAGAGAUGCCAGAUGCUGGCACACAGACUAAAUCAUUGAAUCCUCAGCAUCCUUGCAUGACGGAGCCUGUGGCUGGAGAGGCCACCGAGCGGGGCCAGGCCGGGCCCUGCCCGCAAGGACGCCCAAGCCCUUCACCGGCCACUGGGCCCCAGAGCCCACCAGGCUCUCCUGCUGGCCCCACCAUGACUUCGGAGCCCACGUCACCCCCAGUUGUGCCCCCACUCCACUCCCCCAAGUCCCCUGUCUGGCCCACCUUCCCCUUCCAUCGGGAGGGCAGCAGGGUCUGGGAACGGGGUGGUGUCCCGCCUCGGGAUCUGCCCAGUCCUCUGCCCACCAAACGGACCAGGACGUAUUCGGCGACAGCCCGUGCCUCUGCUGGGCCCGUGUUCAAGGGCGUCUGUAAGCAGUUCUCGCGCUCACAGGGUCAUGGCUUCAUCACCCCUGAGAAUGGGUCUGAAGACAUCUUCGUGCACGUAUCUGACAUCGAGGGGGAAUACGUGCCAGUGGAGGGUGACGAGGUGACCUACAAGAUGUGCCCCAUCCCACCCAAGAACCAGAAGUUCCAGGCUGUGGAGGUGGUGCUCACCCAGCUGGCCCCCCAUACUCCCCAUGAGACGUGGUCUGGCCAGGUCGUGGGCUCCUAGGCUGGGUGGCUUAUGUGCCAGCCAGUCAGGUGGGUGGGGAGCCAGGGUGGACGGGCAGCAGCCAGCUCCGUGCCCCCACUGCACUGGCUGAUCAGUCCCCAGGCAGCCUCAGUGUGCACGUCUGUCUGUCUGUCUGUGCUUGUGGCUGUGAGCGUGUGCCUCUACCCACCCCUGUGACCCGUGACUGUCGUGAGAGCUGGCCAGGAGCUGGACCGAGGGGGACGCCACCAGACCCGCCUUCUGUGUUGUCCACUGUGUCUCCCUCUCCCCUCCUCCACUAUGUACACCCAGGACCCUCGUGACCUCCUGUCCACACCAACGGAGCCUCUGGGAGCCUGCGGCAGGCCCAAGGGGACCGGGUGGGAGCCCCUCCACACCAGCUCGCUUCCCCGCCUGUGCCCGAGCCCCGCUCUGCCCAGGCCCUGGCUGGGCCUACCUCCGCCUGUGCUGCUCAUGGCUCCCACCCUGGGCUGGGGAAAGAGGGCAAAACGCAGAGGCAGACAGGCCGUCUCACCACCCCGGCCCCACCCUCCUGCCCUCGCUCUUUCCCUGGGCACACCGCAGAGGCAGGUGCAAGGGGGUCUGGGGUUCCUGCCUCGCUGGCCCGUCCUCCUCCCCAGCCUGGCCCCGGCCGUGCUCCUUCCCUGGGCUGCCCCCAGCCAAGCCGCCUGCCCUGCCCCUCGGAGGCGGCGAGGGUCGGCAGGGCUGGGGGCCAUCUCUUAAGCUCGACUCACAAACACCACUGAUGCUCUGCCCGUGCUGGCCAUGACGGCUGCCCAGGACGCUGCAGUAGACAACACACGUCCCCUCAAGCAGGGCCAGGCUCAGGUACCCACAAGGACGGGUGGCCCUCAGCCUGGGAGACCACCGGCUCUGCAACCUCCAUGCCAGACCCUCUUCCCAAAGCCGCAGAACGGGUGGCUCCCACUGGCCCCUGCCAGGCUGGUGGCUGAGGUGUGGCCCUUUUCUUGUCCAUCCCUGAAGAUGUGUCUGGCCCAGGAAGCCAGGAAGGAGGGGCACCACCUGCCUCCAUCUCCUUGCCCCCUCCCCAUCUCUCUCUUCUAGAGAAAAAUGGGGUCACAGGUUCAAGGGAGGACCUAGCAGGAAUGGUGACCGUUAUGAGACCCAGUCUGUGAGUGAAAUUAGAGGCUCCGAUGCCGAGAGUGAGGGGGUCAGGGACUGUCUAGGAGGAUCCCCAGCCACGUAGGUGUCCCAAGAUCCCAGGGUAGAGAUCAGCUGGGGUAUCUGCAUCUCACCCCUGCCCUGGUGCCCACCACACAAAGAGGCUGGGAGCCCGAGCUGCUGAGAUGUGCUGGCCACCCCCCCAAACUGAGAAGGCCCAGCCUGUCUGACGUGCCAUCCUGUGCUAGGCUACUCCAGCAAGGCUGUCCCCUGAGAAACAGGGACCCCCAGACCCCUUGGCAGAGGGACGGUAGGCGCAGAUUGACUCCUGAGGGCCCCCAAGGCUUCCCCCCUGUGAGGAGGCCCCCUUUUCAGGCACCAGCCAGCAGGCAAGAUGUAGUGGCAUCAGCCUUGGGGGCACCUGGGUGACAGCAGCUCUCACUCACGGGCCCUGCAGUGCCCAGUCAGAAACCCUCCCGAGACCCCCAGACACCCGGACUCCCCAUCCUUCCUAACACUGGCAAUAAACCCUCAACUGUGACCCACAAUG